AUGAAGCCUGCGCCUGCAUCCCCUCCAUCUGCAAGGAGCUACUACAACUACAAACGUCUCGCGGCGCACCUGAAUAUCCCCCUUCACGAAACCCACACCAACCCCGGGAACCUGGCUGGCUUCCCCAUCGAAAAGGCGCGUCUCCAAGCGGUCUUCCCGCUUCUGACGAUCGGCAACCUCGCGGUGAUCGCCUUCGGGUGGGUUUUGGAGUUCGGCGUGCACCUGGCUGUUCCGACGACACUGCUAUUCUUCAUCGGGGGGUGUAUGACGGCUGCAAAUAGCAUUGUCUGUACCUUGCUUGUCGAUUUGUAUCCAGCCAAUGCGUCCGCCGCUGCGGCGUCGAGACACUUUGUCCGGUGCCUGUUCGGGGCUGGCGCCACCGCGCUACUGCAGCCCAUGCUGGACGGGAUGGGGCGAGGGUGGUGUUUUACGUUAAUUGCGCUUGUCACGUUUGCGAAUGCGCCGCUACUAUGGGUUGUCAUUCGAUGUGGUCCUCGGUGGAGAGAGCAACGCGCAGGCCGGUCGUGA